CUUGGUUAUUUAAGUCCGUCUCUGAUAUGAAGGAUGUAAGUUGCGAGGUACGAUUGAACCGUGACAAUGGGCACAAGCGAUGGUGCAAAGAAGGAUAGUGAUAUAGAAGUGGGAAGUAUACGAAUGGAAGUGGGCGAAUGUUACAGCUUCACUCUUUCACUGGCAGAUGAAUUCUUAAAACAUUACGUUACUGUUUAGUUUAAAGUGUAUAGAGAGGAUAAGAACCUCAACUAGCUGGAGUAAAAUCUAGCAGACAAAAUGAAGCUCUUACAUAUAUCUCUUAUUCUUUUAGUUGUAUUUCUAGUUACUGAAAGUAACGCUGACAACAAAGUGAGAAAACACAAAAAAUAUAGAAGAAGGCCAGUCGCUAUAUCGACUGAAGAAGUAUCUGCUGACGCUAAUAGUCAGACUCCAACUUCCGAGGAUGAAGAUUUAUUAGUUCCACCAGCUGAUGACGAACCAAUUGACAAUAGAGUUACACUAAUGGAUCCAUGUAUGCAAGUACGCUGUGGAGCAGGUAGAGUUUGCCAAGUGGAUGACGAUGGAGAGCCACAGUGUAUUUGUAUUCCUAAAUGUCCUGUAGAAACCGAAUCACGUCGUAAAGUAUGUUCCAAUUAUAAUGAAACAUGGUCAUCCGAUUGUGCUAUUUAUCAACAAAGAUGUUUAUGUGAUAAAGGAGAUGCCGAUUGCAAAGGACCUCAGUACAAACAUGUUCAUAUUGAAUAUUACGGAGAGUGCAGGGAGAUGCCUGAAUGCAAUAAAGAAGAGAUGUCAGAUUUUCCGCGCCGAAUGCGAGACUGGCUCUUUAACAUUAUGAGAGAUCUUGCUGAUCGCCAGGAACUGACUCCUCACUAUUUAAAUAUGGAACGCGAAGCCGAAUCUAACAUGACUCGUCGUUGGACCAACGCAGCAAUUUGGAAAUUCUGUGAAUUAGACGGACACCCACCAGAUAGAUCUGUAUCUCGACAUGAGCUGUUCCCCAUUCGUGCUCCUUUGAUGGCUUUAGAACAUUGCAUUGCUCCCUUCUUAAAUAAAUGUGACACGGAUGAUAAUCACAGAAUUAAUUUAGCAGAAUGGGCCAAAUGUUUGGAAUUACCAGAGGAAGAAAUUGAGCAUCAGUGUGAAGAAAUUACUGAUGCAGAAUAAGAAUAAUAUAUUUAUAUUUUAACUGCAAAGGUGCUACACUUAGAACUUAAAUAACAGAAUGUGCCAUAAUAAAUUUUUGAGAUUAUUUUUUUAGAAUUUUUUAUGUUUAUUUAACAUUUAAUAAAAAUUUUAAAGUUAAUGAGAA